GUGGUGGCGCCCUCUGUUUUAGGUUGGAUGAGUCAUUUGUUCAAUUGAAAACAAAUGGCUUUUGAGAUAUCAGAAAAAUAUGACAAAAUACUUGAGUUCUGAAAAAUUAUUCUGUUUAAAAAUGAAAGAAAAAAGUCAGAUUAGUCAGUUGGUGUGUUCAUAAGAGGAAUUAAUGGCCGGAAUUAAUUGGUAUCAGUCAAACGGAAAAUGCUCCACUGGAGAGCACGAUAUGAGCGAAGAUCAAAUACCGUUGUAUUCUUUAGGAGACGUUCAACUUCGGUUUUUGUGCCCUGAUGAUUUGGACGAAGUAAGAUCCUUGUGUCAGGAUUGGUUUCCUAUUGAAUAUCCCUUCUAUUGGUACGAGGAAAUAACUUCCAGCACCAGCAGGUUUUAUUCUCUUGCUGCGGUGUACAACCAAUCAAUAAUUGGUUUAAUUGUUGCGGAAAUUAAACCUUAUGCUAGUCUUAAUGAGGAAGAUACAGGUAUCCUUGCAAAGAAAUUUGCUGAACGUUCAGACAUUGCGUACAUUUUGUCACUUGGGGUACUCAAACAGUAUCGACGGAAUGGGAUAGCUUCUCUAUUGUUGGAUUCACUCAUCACACACCUUACAACUAGCGAGCGAAAAAAAGUGAAAGCUGUUUUUUUGCACGUGCUUACAACGAAUUCAGCUGCCAUAAAGUUCUAUGAACAUAGGAAAUUUAGACUCCACAGUUUUUUGCCUUACUAUUACUCCAUCAAAGGUCGUUGCAAAGACGGUUUUAUGUAUGUUCUGUACAUCAAUGGGGGCCACCCGCCUUGGACAAUCUAUGAUUAUGUGAAAUUUAUGUGUGGGAAAGUAUUAAGUGGCGGAGGUUUUUUUCCUUGGAUUUUAUUGAACUUCAAUCGAGCCAUACAGUGGAUGUGGGGUAAUAAAUCAAACACACAACACGAAGAAAAUUGAACAUAACAGAACUAGUCCAACAAACCUGUUCCUUACAUUAUGGAAUUAUGUUUGUUAACAAUUUGUAAAUAGUCAAGCUAUCAUAGUCAUCAUCCAAAAAUUUACAGUUGUUGUUUCAGGUACCUGUUGUACUAUAUUUUUAAAUUUAAUAUAUUUAGUGAUUUGAUUGUAUCAUGACUUGCAUCAUUGACUGUUCUUUUUGACAAAUACCCUUCAUUGUUACGAUUUUAUGUAUAUUUUGUUAAAUUAUUGUAUUUAUUGAAAGUUUUAUCUUUUGUUAUUAUGUGCUGUAUUUUGUCAUACCAGUAUUACAUUGCAAAACGUGUAAACAGUUGAUGAAAUGUUUUAUUAAAAACGUAUUUUAUAAA